AUGACGCUAAAUACCAAGCUGCUAUUAAGACUCAAGACGCCGGCGACAGUCCCGGAACUGGUACCUCGGUGGUUCCUUGCGCCGACGGGGCGGCGGAGCGCGCUGCUGGGCGGGGCCCUGGCUCGGGGCCCUCGCUAUCUGGGGCGGCGGAGGAAGUCCCUUCGGUUUCCCUUCGGGGCCGCGAGGUCGCGGCGGCCUCCACUCUUUGCUCGCGGGCCCUUUCCAAUCUUGCCCAACCUGGGACUUCUGCCGCUUGCCCCAGCCCGGGGCUGCCCAGCAGCGGCUCCCUCCCAGCCCCCUAGUCACACGUCCCUUGGCCUCCCCGCUCCGCACCCGGCUUACGUGACCUCUCCACCCAUCCCCACCCACGAGAUCCCUGCCUGGAUUCUCCUCCUUUUUUUCCCCGCCUGCUUCUCCUGGCACCCACACUGGCUACCUUCAGAAGCUCCAAAUCUUCACCAGACUUCACGCUGCUACCCUCCUGAGGAGCUGUCCCACGGCCAUCUUCCUCUCCACCUGAUGGGCAAAGCCGCCAGGUCGGCCCGCUCUCUGCCUGCUGCACUGGUGUCAGGCCUGGAGGCUGGUGACCUGGCUGGAGGUCGGAGACAUCGGCAACUCCAAGAGUCCCGAUGUACAGCUCUCCAGCUAGAAAAUGUGUACGAAGCAGAGUUCCAUCAGCGAUCCCUCUCCCCGUGGAGAUACCGAAUUGACAUGGAUGAGAACCGGUAUCCCCAAAAACUGGCUUUUGCCGAGUGCCUGUGCAAAGGUUGUAUCGACAUGAAGUCGGGUCGGGAGACAUCUUCAUUAAACUCAAUUCUAUUGGAACAGAGAGUGAUGGUCCUCCGCCGCAAGCCCUGUGCUCUGAAGGGAGAUGCUCAAGUGACCCCAGGGGCCUUCACCUUCCAGAUAGAAUACAUCAGUGUCCCCGUGGGCUGUACCUGUGUCCUGCCCCGGUUCAGCUAA